UGUAUUCUGUGAUAUUGUUUUAUUUUAUUUUAUAAUUGACAAUUAUCAUUUAAAUUUGAAUUUUUAUUUUUAUUUUAUUAAGAAAUCAUAAUUAAUGGUUUAUCGUUCUCAACACUUGAGUGGAUGCGCCAAAAGGAAAUUAAGAGUACAACAAGAAGAUGCAACUAAAAAAAUGUAUGGAUUAUUAGAUCGAUUUACCAAACCAACAGUUUUGGCAGAGGCUGCAGCUAAUCCAACACAAUAUUAUAGUAAUGCUAAUAAUAAUAACGGUAUUAAUACUGUAGACCAUAUUAUUGUUGGUAAUUCAUUUAACAAUGUUUUGUCUAGUUCGGUUUUUACUCUGGCUUCUGCACAAAAUAUUUCACCAAAUAUGAAUGAAGUAGACCAUGUUUCUGUUGAUAAUUUAUUUGACAAUGAUUUAUCUAGUUUCGGUUUCUGUAGAAAACACGUCAUCAGGUAAUUUGUUUAAAAAUUAUCCAGUGCAUUUCAUUUAUAGCAAAUUAACUCCUCAAGAAAUUAAUUUGAUAAUUAAAUUAGGCCCUUGUCAACCACGCUCAGAUGACCUUUCUCAAAAACAUUUUCCAUAUGAUAAAACUACCAGACAUGGCCAUUUUAAUGAACAGUGGUACUUUCGAUUACUUCCUGAUGGUUCUACUGUUAUUAGGGAUUGGUUAUCAUAUUCACCUACACUAGACACAGUUAAAAGCUUACUGAAAUGAAAUGAUUUCAUUUCAAUAAGCUUUUAAUUUAAACUGAUUAAAAAUGAAACUUGAUUAUAUCCAAUAACAGUUUUAAUUUAAA